AUGAAUACAUAUCGAAAUGCGUCAAAUUCGUUUUGUUCAACUCCAGUUUCAUUUUCCGAAAUUCAUCUGAAUGGUCAGCAACAACCACAACAGCAGCCACAACAGCAAACACAACAUUAUAGUCUAUUAAAUUUAAGUUCCCCAGCUGGAGUUGGAUCAUUAACACCUACACCAAUAAAUAAUCCAAAUCAAUCAAUAUCAAAACGAAAAGAUACUACACAACAACAGCAAAUAUUUCUUGAAAAUCUUUAUAAAACUGUUGCACUUCGUGAAAAGAAUACAAAUCAACUACAUGAAAUACGAAAAACACGAAAACGUUUAUCCGAUUCUCUUUUAAUACAACAAACACAACUAUCAUUAAUAGGUAACAUUCAUUCACAUUUACAACAACAACAAUUACAACAUCAACUUCAACAGCAACAACAACAAAUUCAAACUAGUUUAAGCAUUCAACAUGAUCAUACCAAUAGUACUAAUAACAGUACUAGUAGUAAUACUGUGAAUAUUAAUACUAAUACUAAUACUAAUACUAAUAACAACAAUAAUAAUAAUAAUAAUAACAAUAAUAAUAAUAAUAAUACAUUUACACGUCGUCGUUCAGCACGUGUACAUAAAUUACCAGCUAUACUUCAAACAAUCUAUCAAGGAACAACUUUACUUAUACAAAAUGAACCACAAAAAAUGUUUGUUAUUCGUCAUGGUGAACGAGUUGAUUCAACAUUUGGUGCUAAUUGGCUUGAACAAGUAUUUGAUAAGACGACAGGUGCUUAUCAAAGAUUUAAUUUGAAUUUACCGAAAAAAUUAGUUACAAGAAAAGAUUUAAAAGAUUUUUUAUUUGAUCCACCAUUAACCGAAUUAGGUUUACAUGAAUGUCAAAUGGUUGGUGAAGAACUUGCUGCACAAGGUGUUAAAAUAGCACAUAUUUAUUCGUCACCAGCAUUACGUUGUAUACAAACAGCUGAUAAAAUUCUCGAAGGUCUUCAAAUGCGUGACAGAAUACCAAUUCGUGUUGAACCAUGUCUAUUUGAAUUUCUUAAAUGGUAUCCUGUUGUACCGGUGAAAUGGCCAUUUCUUGACUUAGAUGAAUUAGCACAAAAUGGAUAUAAUGUUGAUAAAUCUUAUAUACCAUUUUAUCCAAUUGAAACACUUAGAAAAGAUGAAGAUGAAUUAAUGUUUUAUACAAGAAGUCAUUUUAUAACAACAUCAAUUUUAAAAAAUCAUGAAGUACAUGAAGGAAAUAUUCUUCUAGUUGGACAUGCAUCAACAAUUGAAGUAUGUACUCGGCAAUUAAUUGGUGGUCAACCACGAGUUAAUGAUUUGAAAUUUCUUGUUUUACGCGUUCCAUUUUUAUCGAUGCAUUGUAUUACUAAACAAGUUGAUGGAACAUGGAGAGCUACAAAACCACCUAUUUCACCAAAUAAACAUGCAGCAGUUGAACCAUUUGAUUGGAGAUUUUUCAAAUAA